AUGGAUCGUUUGAAAUCAUAUAAGAAACAUAAGCAUGGUAGGAGGAUCAAACAACUUGAAAAGUACGAGCAGAAAAUGAAGGAAGAACGGCAAAAGAGGAUACGUGAGAGGCAGAAGGAGUUCUUUGCUGAUAUAGAAGUUCACAAGGAAAGACUGGAUGAUGUGUUUAAGAUUAAGAGAGAACGCUGGAAAGUUUUCAAUAAAUAUGUCAGAGAGUACCAUAAAAGGAAGGAGCGUAUCCAUCGGGAGAAGAUUGACAGAAUCCAGCGUGAGAAGAUUAAUUUAUUGAAAAUCAAUGAUGUUGAGGGGUAUCUGCGAAUGGUGCAGGAUGCAAAAUCAGACCGUGUUAAGCAACUACUGAAAGAGACGGAGAAGUAUCUUCAAAAGCUGGGAUCCAAGCUACAGGAAGCCAAGUCUAUGGCAAGCCGAUUUGAGAAUGAUAUGGAUGAAUCACGACAUGCUGCUGUUGUUGAGAAGAGUGAAACUGCUGUUGAGCAUGAAGAUGAAAGUGACCAGGCCAAGGCAAGCUGCUUGGCUAUGCACCUUCUCAAGUUUAUUGUGCAUUACUUGGAAAGCAAUGAGAAGUACUAUUUGAUGGCUCAUAGUGUAAAAGAAAGCAUUGGAGAACAACCAACUAGUCUCCUGGGUGGAAAAUUAAGGGAGUACCAGAUGAAUGGACUAAGGUGGUUGGUUUCACUAUACAACAACCAUUUGAAUGGCAUUCUUGCUGAUGAAAUGGGUCUUGGGAAAACUGUUCAGGUUAUUUCUCUAAUUUGCUACCUGAUGGAAACAAAAAAUGAUAGAGGGCCCUUCUUGGUUGUUGUACCUUCUUCAGUUUUACCUGGCUGGGAGUCUGAAAUCAGUUUCUGGGCACCUGGAAUUCAUAAAAUUGUCUAUUCUGGGCCUCCAGAGGAGAGGCGCAAGCUAUUUAAGGAAAAGAUUGUGCAUCAGAAAUUCAAUGUCCUUCUGACAACAUAUGAAUAUCUGAUGAACAAACACGAUAGACCGAAACUGAGCAAGAUAUAUUGGCACUAUAUAAUAAUUGAUGAAGGCCAUCGCAUAAAGAAUGCUUCUUGCAAAUUGAAUGCUGACUUGAAGCAUUAUCAGAGCUCUCACAGGUUGUUAUUAACUGGAACACCACUACAGAACAAUCUUGAGGAAUUGUGGGCACUACUCAACUUUUUGCUACCUAACAUAUUUAAUUCUUCAGAGGAUUUUUCUCAAUGGUUCAACAAGCCAUUUGAGAGUAAUGGUGAUAAUUCAGCUGAUGAAGCCUUACUUUCUGAGGAGGAAAAUUUGUUGAUCAUAAACCGUCUCCACCAAGUUCUUCGACCAUUUGUACUUCGGAGACUGAAACACAAGGUUGAGAACGAACUACCAGAAAAGAUUGAGAGACUUGUUAGGUGUGAGGCUUCUGCAUAUCAGAAGCUUCUAAUGAAGAGAGUGGAAGAUAAUCUUGGCUCAAUUGGAAAUUCAAAGGGUCGAUCGGUGCACAACUCAGUUAUGGAGCUUCGUAACAUAUGCAAUCACCCAUAUCUGAGCCAGCUUCAUGCAGAUGAGGCAUGCUUUUUUCCUGUUGAGAAUUUGAUACCUAAGCAUUUUCUGCCACCAAUUAUUAGACUCUGUGGAAAGCUUGAGAUGCUAGAUCGAUUGCUACCCAAACUUAAAGCAACGGACCAUCGGUAUUUUGAGGAUUUGCCAGUUGCUGGAUCCAUACAGGUUCUUUUCUUUUCCACGAUGACUAGGCUGCUUGAUGUUAUGGAGGAGUAUCUCACCUGGAAACAGUAUCGAUACCUUCGCUUGGAUGGUCAUACUUCUGGAGGUGACCGUGGUUCGCUCAUUGACCGUUUUAACAACCAAGAUUCUCCAUAUUUUAUUUUCUUGCUCAGCAUUCGGGCUGGUGGUGUUGGAGUGAACCUUCAAGCUGCAGAUACUGUGAUCAUAUUUGACACUGAUUGGAAUCCUCAGGUUGAUCUUCAAGCUCAAGCAAGGGCUCAUAGGAUUGGCCAGAAAAGGGACGUGCUCGUUCUUCGAUUUGAAACAGGGGCAGGCCUUUGGGAUGCUAUCAUUCCUUCAGAGCAGUGUCUGCAUGCCGAUGCUCUGGAGCAGAAUGAGCAUUCAUAUAUGGAGCUUCGUGUCCAAACUGUUGAAGAGCAAGUCAGAGCUUCAGCUGAGCAUAAACUGGGAGUUGCUAAUCAGAGCAUUACUGCUGAAGAUCGAAGGGAAUACUUGGAGUCCCUCCUGCGGGAAUGCAAGAAAGAGGAGGCUGCCCCUGUUUUAGAUGAUGAUGCUCUAAAUGAUAUCUUAGCACGCAGUGAAUCAGAGAUCGAUGUAUUUGAAUCAGUUGACAAACAAAGGCAGGAAAAAGAGAUGGCAACAUGGAAGAGCUUGUUAUUGGGACAAGGGAUGGAUGCUUUGGAACCUCUACCUCCUCUGCCUUCACGCCUUGUAACAGAUGAUGACUUGCAAGCACUCUAUGAAGCGAUGAAAGUGUAUGAUAUGCCAAAGGCUGGGGUGGACUCCAAUGCUGGGGCAAAGCGGAAGGGGCAGUAUCUUGGGGGCCUUGAUACUCAACAGUAUGGAAGGGGCAAACGAGCAAGAGAGGUACGCUCUUAUGAAGAGCAAUGGACAGAAGAGGAAUUUGAGAAGUUGUGUCAGGCUGAAUCUCCUGACUCUCCUAAGGUGAAAGAAGAAAUAGGAGAGAAGAACUUGCCAAAAGAUGCUAGUGGUUCUUUAUUGGCUAUUGGUAGUACAGAACCUCAAGCUCCACCACAACUGCUGCAGCCGCUGCCACCUCCACCAGCACCGCCACUGCCACCGCCACCGCCACCGCCACCGCCACUGCCACUGCCUGUGGAACCUCUCCCACAGCAGCAGAUUAAAGAAGUAACUCUGCCUUCAAAAAGAGGGCGUGGAAGACCGAGAAGAGCAACUUCAGAUAAAUCUCCAGCUGCAAUGGUACUUUCAGUACCUUCUGGAACUGGCAAAGUGGAUGUGGAGUUACAGAAAGGAAUUGAGUCUAGCUCCUCAAAAACCUCUGGUCCUGAUUCUUCUCCUGUUCCUAAUUUAGGAGGUAAUAGUGGAGCUACACCUCAUUCAGGAUUGGGGAUUGCUCCUAGUGCUCAGCCAACCACUCCAGUUUCACAAACCGCUACUGCUUCCCUUUCCGUGCCAUUGCAAUCAAGAGGUCGAGGUCGGAAGGUUCAGGGUGGAGUUCAAACACCACGGCGCAGAGGAAAGAGUCAGGUGAUUGUUUCAUCUGCUCCUGCAAGUUCAGCUGUUCCCGAGGCAAAUAUAAAUGAUCAACAACAGAAUGUAUCUGUCAAUCCUUCAGUAAUUGCCAUGGGUGGAACUGUUUCCAGUGCUCCCAUGUUACAGCAUCCUAGUACUUUACCUGGUUCUGCUGCUGUGGAGAGUAUUAGUGCAACCACUCAUCAUUCUGGGCCUGGGACUGCUUUGGAUUCUCAACCAGACCCUCCCAACCCUUCUAUCUCCACUACCAUUCAAUCCAUAGCUCCCAGUCCUUCAGUUCCUAUGCAAGUUAAAGGGCAAAACCGGAAGACUCAAAAUGGCACUGGAACAACUCGACGCAGAGGAAGGAAAGAGGUGCCAGUAUCACCCUCUGUUCCAGAUGUUUCAGACGGUCAGCUUUCAAAAUCUAAUCCAUCAGGAAGUAAAGCUAUUAGCAUGACGAGUAACCAACAAAAUGAUGCUCUAGAAAGUGAUGCUAACAAGGAGCAAGCUUCUAGAGAAGCUGAUCAGGAUCAAAAAUCAACUGAGCAUCUGGAUGAUUUAGCCCAGCAUAGGCAACCAGCCAGCUCUCUGACAAUGCAUGAUGGUAUUACCAGAUCUAUGGGUAAGAUUUAUAAAUAUCCAAAUGGAAUUGAUAUUGAUGCAAUGGAAACAAUUGAUAAUAUCUUGCAUACUGAAAUUGAAGAACUCAAAGCUUGUGCAGGCUCUUCUGGACUAAUACAUGGUGCUGGUAUGCAUGAUGUAGCUUCUGUGACAAAGGAGGUUUCGGAAGAGAAUGGCUCUUCAAAAACUAAAGUUCAUGAAGUUUCCGGGAGUGAAAGUGGAGUUAACCUGUCUACACCUCAAUUGUGUAAACCCUUUGUAGAGGUGGUCCAGAAUCAAAGUUCAGAGGAUAAACCUUCCCCAGUGGUUUGUCCUCCAACUGAGUCAUUACUUGGCUCUGCCACUGUAGACGGUGUUGGCAAAACUGUGCAUCAGCUUAGUCCAGAGAUUGCUUCUAGCCCUCAGCCAAUUUCAUCUUAUCCUUCUGUUAGCUUGAUCUUUUCAUCCAACACUCCUGAAGCCAUGCAAGUUAAAAGGCAAGGUCGUAAAGCUCCUACCAGAGGGGAAGCACCUAGGCGAAGAGGAAAGAAACAGGUUUCAGUUUCACCUGCUGUGGAUGCUUCAAUUGGUCAGGAUCUCAUUAUAAAUCCUCAAAUGCAAAAUAAGUCCAGAGAUUCAUUUGGGAGCAAGGCCAUAUCCUUGAGGAGUGGGCAAGGAAAUGAUUUCAAGGAGUUGAAGAAUGUUGUUCAGGAAGCGCAUGUUCCCAGUGGUUUAGUUGGUCAAGAUCCAAAAAGGAAAGAAGCUAGUGGGAUUCCGGCCUUUGGCCGAAUUCAGACAGCUGAUGUAACUGAUGUUGCUCGUGUGAUGAAGGAGAUAUUUUCUGAGACUUGCUCUUCAAAAGCUAAAAGUGGUGACUCUUCUACAGUUGAAGUUAGAAGUGCCCCUGUAUCAAGUAAUAUGUCUGUGGAGGUGGCAAAAAACCAAAGCUCAGAGGGUAAAACACUUUCAGCUGUGUCAGUCUUAGAAGCAGAAGCUCCUGUUAUCGGGAGUUCAAUUGAUGAUUCUAAACAGCCUGUUUCUGGAGAUGGUGUCAAGAUGGAAGGGGAUAAUGCUCCUGCUUUGGGUAAGGCUCCUAUUUCUGAAAUUGAUGCCUCUAUGCUUGAAAGCAAGACCAGUCAUGGCUCCACUGAAAAAAUGGGAGAGUUGAUAUAUUCUUCCAUUGAAAACCCAACCACAGGAAGUAAUAUGGAGGGCAAUUGUUCAGUUCUUGACACUGAUGAUGGGGACAAUAUUCGCUCUCAGACACCUGCUCCUGAAUGUCUUCUUGGUGAUGGUGGCAAUCCUCCCAUGGUCGCCCUAUCUGUUUCAGAUGUAACAGAACAUCCUGCGACCGACUCUGGAAACACAAUGGAGGCUUCAAAAGCAUCUCCUAGGUCUUCUCCACUUGUUACCCUCGGCAAUCCUACUGUUUCCGUGAAACUUGAUGAUAUUGAUUAUCAUUCCAGAGGGACAGUUAUUCCUGUUGCUGAUCAUUCAGAUGCAAGAAAUGUCCUUAGUUUAGUUGACAGUGUAUCUAGAAGCAGUGAAAAACCUUCUCCAAAAGAGUCCGUAGAAUCUUCUCUUGAAAUCAGAGAUGAUGAGGCUCGAACUCUAAUUCAAUCGGGGGUUGAGGUAAGCAAGGUUGAGGGUGAGGAGGUCUGCAAUAUGCAAAUUGAUCCUCCUGUAUCAGAGGCCUCUUUGCUUAAAAAUCUAUCCUCUUCAAACAAGCAAGACCCAAACAGUUCUGCAGCCGGAGCCAGUCAUCAAAAGGAUGUUUCUCAGUUUGGUGGAAUUGUGCUGCAAAAUAUUUCAGAAAAUUCUGUUCCAGUGAGAGAAGAAGGAAGUACUGAUGGCUCAUGGAAGAAUGGUCUUGCUGGAAGCUCAGUGGUAGUGGAGGAACGACACAAAUCUGAAGCAGAAGCCUCGCUCAUUGGUGCGGUUGUGCCAAAAGAUUCGUUGGAAAACAUGGUUCUACCUUCAUCUCCACUGGCGAGGGAGGAAGAAAAGCACUGUAGAUCAUUUGAGCAGGAUUUAGCUGGCAGCUCAACAGAACCAGAAACAUCAAAUGGGUCUGAAGCACAAAUGACCAGUAAAAUGGAUGUAUCCAAUGCGGAUAUUAUUGUUCCAAAAAUUACCCCAGAACACAUUGUUCUACCCCAAUCUUCCUUGGAAGCUGAAGAAAACAUCGAAGGUACUUUGGGGAAUGAUUUAGCUUCCCAUUCAGUGGUGCCGGUGGAAGCAGAAGGAUCUGAGGCAGAAAAUGAUGAUCAGAUGGGCAUACAGAAGGUGUCUGAAAGUGUACCAGAAACCAUGGAUUCCCAACCAUCUUCUCUGUUAAUAGAGGAAGAUCAGGUCAAGGGCUCAUCUGAGAAGGGUGCACUUUGUCACUCAGGAAUACUACAAAAAUCGGGAGGGUCAGAAGCUGAAGCAGGUGAGCAGCUAGAUGCAUCUCAUGCUGAUACUUUGGUAACAGAAAAUGUAUCAGAGAGUAUGGUUUCACCAAGAUCUUCCUUGGCGUCAGUGGCACCAAGGGUUGAGGGCUCAUCUGAGAAGGAUAUAUUUGGCAGCUCAGUAGUACUAGAGACAUCUAAAGGGUCUGCAACUAAUAAGGAGGAUCAAGUAAAUCCUUCUCGGGUAGACGGAAUUGUGCCUGAAACUAACACUGGCCUGCCUUUAUCUUUUAUAGGGACGCAGGAAUCUGACAUUGCGAGCUCAUCCAAGAACCACCAAGAUGACAGCUCCGUAGCUGAGAAAUCGAAAACAUCUGCUAUUGAAGAGGACAGUCAAGUGAUAGUAUCUGAUAUUGCUGGAAUUGUGGCUGAAACUUCUGUGGCAAACAGUGGUGUGUCAUCUUCCUCAGAAACGGAGGUAGAAGAUGAUAAUUUCUUGUCUGAGAAAAGUUCUGGUGGUGUCUUGCUGGCUCUAGAGGAACCAAAACAGUCUGAAACUGAAAUUAGCAACCAAAUGGUUCUAUCUGACCUUCCUAUGACUGGGCCUGAAGAUUCUUUGGAGAACACGUGCCAGCCUUCGUGUUCUCUAGUAAUGGAGGAUGAGGUUGAGGGCUCGUCUGAGAAGAGUCCUUGUGGCAUCUCAGUAGCAGUGGAGGAAUCAAGAAAUUCCAAUAAGGUAAACGAUGAAUCUCUUGUUGGUAGCAUGGGGUGUGAAGAUAGUCGAAUUGUCAGUACUAGGUCUGAACACACACAGGUUGCUGGUAGCAUUGGACCAGAAGAUACAUCUAGAAACACAAACAAAUCCUCAUCUUCCUCGGGAAUGCAUGGAGAUAAGAUUGAGGACUCAUCUCAGAAUAUUCCAGAGGUAUCAAAUAGGUCAGAAGCUGAAACAGAUGAUCGAACUCAGUGUGGUGAGAUGGCUCUAGCAAACAUGUCAGAAAAGAUGGAGGGCUUAUCAUCUUCGGGGAUGCAGGAAAACAAGAUUGAGGGCUCAUCAUCUUCGGGGAUGUGGGAAGACAAGAUUGAGGGCUCAUCAUCUUCGGGGAUGCAGGAAGACAAGCUUGAGACCUCUUCUCAGAAUAUUCCUGAGGAAUCAAAUAGGUCGGAAGCUAAAAGGGAUGCUCAAACUCAGUGUGGUGGGAUGGCGCUAGCGAACAUGUCAGAAAAGAACGAGGGCUCAUCUCAGAAUAUUCCAGAUAGAUUGGAAGCUGAAACGGAUGAUCAAACUCAGUGUGGUGGGAUGGCUGUAGCAAACAUGUCAGAAAAGAUUGAGGGAUCAUCUCACAAUAUUCCAGAUAGAUUGGAAGCUGAAACGGAUGGUCAAACUCAAUGUGUUGGGAUGGCUCUAGCGAACAUGUCAGAAAAGAUUGAGGGCUCAUCUCAGAAUAUUCCAGAGGAAUCAAAUGGGUCGGAAGCUGAAACGGACGGUCAAACUCAGUAUGGUGGGAUGGCUCUAGCAAACAUGUCAGAAAAGUUUGAGGGCUCAUCUUCCUCGGGGAUGCAUGAAGAUAAGAACGAGGGCUCAUCUCAGAAUAUUCCAGAGGAAUCAAAAAGGUCAGAAGCUGAAACUGAAACGGAUGAUCAAACUCAUUGUGAUGGGAUGGCUCCAGCCAACAUGUCAGAAAACUCAGCUCUGCCUUCAUCUUCUCUCGUGGAGGAAAAGACUCCUGUCUUAUCAGAGAGAGAUGCAGCCGAAUAG